GGCGGCAACAGCUGCGGACCCGGGCCCCGGCCCCCCGUGGUCCCUCGGCUGCUCCAGCCGGGAGGCCGCCGAGGAGACGGCGCGGUGGCGUCUGAGAUCUGACAGAAACAUCCUUGGAUCUUGGUGUCUGGACAUAGGAGGCAGGAAGGCCAGGCUGGUCCGUGUUUUUCCGUCUCAGUUGGAAGCAGAAGUCUCUACAUUUAAGAAUUUGAGUUAUCUUCAGUUGUUCUGAAGCACAAGACCUUUCCAACCACUGUAGAUAUGGACAAAGAAGAAAGGAGGACUAUCAAUCAGGGUCAUGAAGAUGAAAUGGAGAUCCAUGGCUAUAAUUUGUGUCGCUGGAAGCUUGCCGUCGUCUCUGUCGGAGUGGUGUGUACUGGGGGCUUUCUUCUCCUGCUCCUCUACUGGAUGCCCGAAUGGCGGGUGAAGGCGACCUGUGUUAGAGCUGCAGUUAAAGACUGUGAAGUGGUGCUGCUGAGGACUACUGAUGAAUUCAGAACAUGGUUUUGUGCAAAAAUUCGCUUUCUUUCUGUGGAAACUCACCCAUUUUCAAGUCCACAGUCUGUGGCUAAUAAGAUUUCAAGUGGCCAUGUGGUUCACUUACCUGAAAAUCUGGCUGAAGAGAAUAAAGUUGAGAUGAGUAAAUAUUCACAGACUCAGUCACAACAGAUUCGUUAUUUCACUCACCACAGUGUAAAAUACUUCUGGAAUGACACCCUUCACAACUUUGAUUUCUUAAGAAAAUUGCUUUAUGGAGUAAAUGAAAUUGCUGUGAAAGUGCCUUCAGCUUUUAAGCUUCUAAUUAAGGAGGUUCUCAACCCAUUUUACAUCUUCCAGCUGUUCAGUGUUAUACUCUGGUGCACUGAUGAAUACUAUUACUACGCUGUAGCCAUUGUGAUUAUGUCUUUGGUAUCAAUUAUAAGCUCGCUGUAUACCAUUAGAAAGCAAUAUAUUAUGUUGCAUGACAUGGUGGCAGCUCACAGUACUGUGAGAGUUUCAGUUUGCAGAAGUGAAGAAAUAGAAGAGAUCUUUUCUACAGACCUUGUGCCGGGAGAUGUCAUGGUCAUUCCAUUAAAUGGGACAGUCAUGCCUUGUGAUGCAGUACUUAUUAAUGGUACUUGCAUUGUAAACGAAAGCAUGUUAACAGGAGAAAGUGUUCCAGUGACAAAGACUAAUUUGCCAAAUCCUUCAGUGGACAUAAAAGGAAUGGGAGAUGAAUUAUAUAAUCCAGAAACACAUAAAAGACACACUUUGUUUUGUGGGACAACUGUUAUUCAAACUCGUUUCUACACUGGAGAACUUGUCAAAGCCAUAGUAGUUAGAACAGGAUUUAGUACUUCCAAAGGACAGCUCGUCCGCUCCAUAUUGUAUCCCAAACCAACUGAUUUUAAGCUCUACAGAGAUGCCUACUUAUUUCUACUAUGUCUUGUGGCAGUGGCUGGCAUUGGGUUUAUCUACACUAUUAUCAAUAGCAUUUUAAAUGAGGUGGAAGUUGGGGUGAUAAUUGUUGAGUCCCUCGAUAUCAUUACAAUCACCGUGCCGCCUGCACUUCCUGCUGCUAUGACCGCAGGUAUUGUGUAUGCCCAAAGAAGACUGAAAAAAGUGGGUAUUUUCUGCAUCAGUCCCCAAAGGAUAAACAUUUGUGGACAGCUGAAUCUUGUUUGCUUUGACAAGGUUGUGUAUUUUCUGUUUAGUUUUCUUUUGCCAGAAGAAAAGGUUUGCAGUGAGAUGUUGGUCAAGUCUCAGUUUGUUGCCUGUAUGGCUACUUGUCAUUCACUUACAAAAAUUGAAGGAGUGCUUUCUGGUGACCCACUUGAUUUGAAAAUGUUUGAAGCCAUCGGAUGGAUUCUGGAAGAAGCAACUGAAGAAGAAACAGCACUCCAUAAUCGAAUUAUGCCCACUGUGGUUCGUCCUCCAAAACAGCUGCUUCCUGAAUCUACACCUGCAGGAAACCAAGAAAUGGAGCUGUUUGAACUUCCAGCUGUUUAUGAGAUAGGAAUUGUUCGCCAGUUCCCGUUUUCUUCUGCUUUGCAACGUAUGAGUGUGGUUGCGAGGGUGCUGGGGGACAGGAAGAUGGACGCCUACAUGAAAGGGGCUCCGGAGGCCAUUGCCGGGCUUUGCAAACCCGAAACAAUUCCUGUUGAUUUUGAAAACGUUUUAGAAGAUUACACGAAACAGGGCUUCCGUGUGAUUGCUCUUGCACACCGAAAAUUGGAGUCAAAACUGACGUGGCAUAAAGUGCAGAAUAUUAACAGAGAUACCAUUGAGAACAACAUGGAUUUUAUGGGGUUAAUUAUAAUGCAGAACAAAUUAAAGCGAGAAACCCCUGCAGUACUUGAAGAUUUGCAUAAAGCCAACAUUCGCACUGUCAUGGUCACAGGUGACAACAUGUUGACUGCUGUCUCUGUAGCCAGAGACUGUGGAAUGAUACUACCUCAGGAUAAAGUUAUCAUUGCGGAAGCAUUACCUCCGAAGGACGGGAAAGUUGCCAAGAUAAAUUGGCAUUAUGCAGACACCCGAACACAGUGUAGUGAUUCAUCAGCAAUUGACUCGGAGGCUAUUCCAAUUAAAUUGGUCCACGAUAACUUAGAGGAUCUGCAAGUGACCCGUUACCACUUUGCAAUGAACGGAAAAUCAUUUUCAGUGAUACUGGAGCAUUUUCAAGACCUUGUUCCUAAGCUAAUGCUGCAUGGCACGGUGUUCGCUCGUAUGGCGCCUGAUCAGAAGACACAAUUAGUAGAAGCAUUGCAAAAUGUAGAUUACUUUGUUGGGAUGUGCGGUGAUGGUGCAAAUGAUUGUGGUGCUCUGAAGAGGGCACACGGAGGCAUUUCCUUAUCAGAGCUCGAGGCUUCAGUGGCAUCUCCCUUUACCUCCAAAGCUCCUAGUAUUUCCUGUGUGCCAAACCUUAUCAGGGAAGGCCGUGCUGCUUUAAUGACUUCCUUCUGUGUGUUUAAAUUUAUGGCUUUGUACAGCAUUAUCCAGUACUUCAGUGUUACUCUGCUGUAUUCUAUCUUAAGUAACCUAGGGGACUUCCAGUUUCUCUUCAUUGAUCUGGCAAUCAUUUUGGUAGUGGUAUUUACAAUGAGUUUAAAUCCUGCCUGGAAGGAACUUGUGGCACAGAGACCACCUUCAGGUCUUAUAUCUGGGGCUCUUCUCUUCUCCGUUUUGUCUCAGAUUAUCAUCUCUAUUGGAUUUCAAUCUUUGGGGUUUUUUUGGGUCAAGCAGCAAGACUGGUAUGAUAAAUGGCAUCCAUAUUCAGAUGCUUGUAACACAACAGGAAGCCAAUAUAGGAAUUCUUCAGAUUUAAACAAUGAAACUGAUUCUGAUUCACAUAAUAUACAAAAUUAUGAAAAUACCACAGUGUUUUUUAUUUCCAGUUUUCAGUACCUCAUAGUGGCAGUUGCCUUUUCAAAAGGAAAACCCUUCAGGCAACCUUCCUACAAGAAUUAUUUUUUUGUUGUGUCUGUGAUUGUUUUGUAUGUUUUCAUAUUAUUCAUCAUGUUGCAUCCAGUUGACUCUGUUGACCAGGUUCUUCAGAUAGUGUGUGUACCAUAUCCGUGGCGUGUAACUAUGCUCAUCAUUGUUCUUGUCAAUGCCUUUGUAGCGAUCGUGGUAGAGAACUUCUUCCUUGACAUGGUCCUUUGGAAAGUUGUGUUCAAUCGAGACAAACAAGGAGAAUAUCGCUUCACCACCACACAGCCUCCGCAGGAGUCAGUGGAUUGGUGGGGAAGAUGCUGUGUGUCCUGGGCCCUAAACUGUAGGAAGAAGAUGCCAAAGGCCAAGUACAUGUAUCUGGCUCAGGAGCUCUUGGUUGACCCAGAAUGGCCACCAAAACCUCAAACAACAACAGAAGCUAAAGCUUUAGUGAAGGAGAAUGGAUCAUGUCAGAUCAUCACCAUAACAUAGCAGUGCAUCCGUCCCAGCGGUCUUCCAGCAGUUUUGAGGAGAAUGUAAAUGUGGGGCUUUAUCUGAUUCUACGUGUCAGAGUGGCACUCUUUCAGUUUAUGUCCCUUCCAAUGCAGUAGCUGAUUUGAGAGCUUUUUUUUUUUUAAACGAAACAAAAGGAGGUUCGCCUGUUAGUUAAAUUAAUAAUCAAUCUAUAAAGUCUUAUACCGUCACUCAGUAACUCUAAAUAUUAUACAUAUUUCCAGAAUUUUCUUGAUUGUUACCCUCAGUAAUAAUUAUAGGGUACAGAAGAAAGUUGGUAUUUGGAAGAUUUUUAGACAUUAGCUUCUAAGACUGAGUUUAUGCCUUUACAUUUAUUUUCACAGCCCCCUUAUUAAAAGAAGUCAUCACUUAUAUACAGGUCCUAAAUUUGUGAUUGAUAAAUAAAGUAGGUGUUAAUUAGUCUCCACUGAAAAGUGGGUAGAAAGCCUGUUUUCAUUGGAUUUCAGUAUUUCUCUCGAAGAAAACUCGGUGUACAUGCGUCAUUCCCUAGGCUUAGGGGUGAGUUUUAUGGUGUUGCUUAUAGAACAACUCAGGUAAUUUCCAUUUAUGAGUUUCUGUUUUCUGUAAAACUGCCUGGGUUUUAUUUUUCUAAUCAGCAAGGUGCUUCACUGCCUUCUUGAGAUGUCCCUCAAAGCUAUUAAAUGGAUCUUGUGCUAUGUCUGGUGUCAAUAGUGUAAUUUGCUUUAGUUAAAUAUUGUAGAAUCUAUUCAGUAGGAAAAGGCUGAUUUCUAUUGGCAGUAGUUAUAGAUCUAUUCUUCUAAUAUCUUUUCUUAUCUGUUCUUUCCCUCUCAGGUUUUAUAUUAUUUUAUAUGUCUUUUUAUUUUCUUCUAUGUCUUUAAUUACCUAAAGGUAAUAGUGAGUUGUUUUGGGGUUUUUUUUUUAGUUUUUUGAGUUAGAAUUUUACCUCCCAAAUUUGUGAAGGUUUGACGUAUGUCUCUUCUAUCCAUAAUGAGGCUUAAAAAAUGAGUGAUUUUGAAUGCUAUUUUUGCAAAGCAAUAUGAACCCGGUGAGUUUGUUUUAUGCCAUUAGGUGGCGCCAGAGGUCAGAGUCAACCUAUUUUGAAUUGGAUGUUUAUGAAUGAGCAUGUUGGUUGUGGAAAUUUCUGGGAGAAAAAGAAAUUGAAACAAAGUUAAAAAGUUCAUUGAGCCAAAAGAAAUGUGGAAAAUAUUUUUCACGUUUCUUUUUUGCCUGGGAAAUGUUUAAAUUCUAAACAAAAUUAAGAUAAUUUAUAAAUACCUUUAUAGGUAAGAUCUAGCAGUUUGGCAAAGCCCAAAGAAAACUGAUAUUGCUGUAAAAUGGACACUAAACUACUAAGACUGUGUGAUCUUAUCCUGUGUUCUUUGUUAACCAGUAGCAUGCCUGUGCUUUCCACAUCCAGCUGAUCAUUAUUUUCUUGAUACAUAUUUACCAAUUUGAUCAAAUGUUAUCCAGAACCGUAGAACCAAAGGGUUCUCAUUUUUUAUGCUGCAGAGACCUGAUGAUGUUUGGUAACUGUAGAAAAAUGUAAGUUACACUCAGGAUCACUGUUAUUGCUACGGCCACUGCUGAUUCUGACAAAAAUACAAUCGAAGUUUUCCAUCAAAAAAUAUGAUACUAUAUUAAUACAUAUUAGCUGAUAAGAACAAUUAUUCCAGGAAUGAUUCAAUGAAGCUAUGCAUUUAGACCUCUUGAGCUGUGAAUUAGCCCUGUUUUCUAUAGUUAUUCUCUUGAUCAUUUUAUAAUUUCCACAUUCAUUUCCAGUACAUACAAGUGUGAGUCUUCAGUGAUCUCCCAGAACUGUAAAUUUUUUCUUUUAUUUAAAUACUGAAGCAUAUAAUUAAAGUAAUUGCUAAGUAGCAGUUUAAAAAUCAAUUAUCAGAUUGUAUUUAACAUCUUUAAGAGCAUGAUCAUAAAGAACUAUAUUUUUGACACCCUCCCCCCUUUUUUAACAUUUAGAUUUUAUAAGGGUUUUAUAUCACAUCUGUCCAUAUUGUUUUUCAAAGGAAUGAGGCUUUUAGAUAGGUGGAAAAAGCACUUGUAGAAGCUUAGAUUUGAACAUAGACAAGGUGGGUUGUUCAGGUUGUAAAUGAUGGCUUCCUGAAUGUUAUUUGAAGAAUGUCUGUGAAUCCAGAUGUGUGUCCUACUCAGUGCCAUAGGUAGAUGAGUCUUCUCUCAGUAGGUCACCAUUACAUAGUAAUUUUGAUUCUGAAUUUCACAGUAAAUUAUUUGAGUGUAUACAGACCUAAAUUUAAAAAUCUGUACAUAUAUUAUUUUGAUGUAUUAAGAGUAAUAAAUAUUGCUGAUUUAAAUUUUAUUUAUGCACAUACUUAAAGGACAAAAAUGUCCAGGAAAGUAAUUGUUAAAUAAUAUGUAACUUUUUAACUUUUUAAAUAAAUAACAAGAUUUUUAAUGUGUGUCUCCCUCAGGGUUGUUUAAAGUUUUUUUUCCUCCCUCAAAUAUAAAUAGUGGUAACUAUAUGUUUUAUAUCUUCUAGCACCAACUGCUGUAAAGCAAUGCUGCAAAUAAUGCUUGAAUAAAAGUGGCUAAGCCAACAACAAAAUAAAUACUUUUUAUAUUAGUUUUAUAAUCCUUACAUUCGAAAGCUUUCCAAAUCGUACUUGUGUUUAAACCAAACUCUUGCGAUUUUUACUGUUUGUUUUGUUUCCCAUGUUUAUGAAAAUACUGCACAGUUUCAAAGGCAUGGUGAAUUAUAUCAGCAUUUAUGUACUCUGUUCCCCAAAGGCUAUGGAUCCAAUGUCCAGAGAAGAGCAAAAUUUAAGCUUCAGAAAACAUUCUAAGAUUUCAUGCAUGUACUUUUGACAUAUCUGAAAGUAGGUUUUUGUAUAUUUAUGGUGGGAGGCGGUUGGGAACUUUUAACAAAAUGUUAAUUUUUGUACAGUCUGUGAGCAUUUACACAUAUUUUUAAUGUAUUAAGAUUUGGUAAUUAUGUGCACAUUAAUAAAAUAGUUACUUCCUGUUAUGAUUUGUGAAUUCCCUAAGACUUUGGAUUUUUUUUAAGUAACUUUAUAUCAGAAAUGAUACUGCAUCUUUAUAUUUUUAAAAUUGUAUUGCUGCUCAAGAAUGGUACCCUGAUGUCAAAAAGGCAUACAUUAAGAAGUAUACAUUCAGCACUGUAAAUAACCUUAAGAAAUUUUUUGAUUGAAGCUGUUCAAAAUAAAGAUUUAAGUGAAUGAUAUAA